CUUGAACUCAUAGACCCUACCUGUGCAAUAUAUUCCCCGUCGACAUGAAUCACAUCCACCAAUACGGCAUCUUCAGUGCCCUGAUGCAGGGCUUCAGCUCGGACGGGGCCACCGUCUCCGACAUCUUGUCCAAAUGCAACCAUGGCCUUGGCACUGUCUGCAACCUGAAUGGGGAGAUCGUCAUCGUCGACGGCGAGGCCUAUCACUUUACACCCGACAAUCAACUUCACAAACUCAAGCCAACCGACCACAUGCCCAUGAUCGUCGCCACAGACUUCCAGCCCACAAUGACCAAGACCCUGGACACGUUGCACAUGGACAACCUCAAGCAAGCCCUGCACCCGUUCUUCCCAACCAAGCAGAACAACUUUAUCGCUGUCCGCAUAGACGCCACCUUCAAGAAGAUUGUUUACCGCAUUGGCGGCCCGCAAAUGCGGCCCAGGGAGCCCUUGCUCGAGCUGGCCCAGCGACAGGUCGUCAAGACGUACGAGAACAUUGCCGGCACCUUAUUCGGGUUCUAUUCCCCGCCAUACACCAAUGGCAUCUGCGUUGCCGGCUUCCAUUUGCAUUUCUUGUCGGCAGACCGUAGCGCAGGUGGGCACAUCCUCGAGUUCGAGGCUGAGAAUGCCGUGCUAAACGCUGCGGUCAAUCGACACGUGCAUCUAGAGCUUCCCGAGUCGGAGGAGUUCAAUCGGGAAUUGAUGCAGCCUGAUUUGGCGAAGGAUUUGCAUCUUGCGGAAUGAUUGAGUGUAUAUGAAGUUUUUGAUUCCGUUGCGGAGGCAAUGAGCUCUUAAUUCGGCAGAUGUACCUUAGACUACCUAGUAUAUAUCGUGUCCUUCGCUGGCAGGUUAUGUCCACCACAAAACGUGCAACUUCGAUUCUUGACUGGCUACAAUUCCACCCCAUCUUGCGGUUCGCUACAUGCCAGCGCUUAUA